GCUGAAGCCCAGCCAAGGUAGCAGUAGAGCGAGACACUGCUGGCGGCCGUGACAUCGCUCAAAGGAGUGAAGCAGCGUGCUCUUCCGAUUGAUUGCUGACCGCUAUCAACGCCUCGCCAGUGCUCGUCACCCUUAACAGCAGAGCAACGCAAAGCCAUGGCAUCGUCAACCAGGCUGGCGCUGCUCGCGCUGGCCAUGAGCGCAUCGGGACUGGUCGCGCCGGGGCGCCAGAGGGCCCAAAUAAGGAUGGGCAUGGGCAAUUCCUUUGGACGGUGCUUCCGCAUCUCGACGUGGGGCGAGUCGCACGGCGGCGGCGUCGGCGUGGUGGUGGACGGCUGCCCGCCGCGCGUGCCGCUGACCGAGGAGCCCGUGCAGUUCGAGUUGAAUAGGAGAAGGCCCGGCCAGUCGCGACUGACGACGCCCAGGAACGAGUCCGACACCGUCGAGAUUUUGAGCGGCGUCGACAAAGAAAGUGGAGUGACCCUGGGCACGCCCAUCGCCAUGUUGGUGAGAAAUAAAGAUCAAAAGUCGAACGACUACGACACGAUGGCCAAGGCCUAUCGACCGUCGCACGCGGACGCGACUUAUGAUGCGAAGUACGGUGUUCGUGCCGUCGCGGGCGGCGGCCGGUCCUCGGCACGAGAGACCAUCGGGCGAGUGGCCGGCGGCGCCGUCGCGCGGGAGGUGCUCAAGCUCUACUCGGGCGUCGAAGUUUUAGCUUAUGUCCAGGCUGUGCAAGACGUGCGCAUGCCCGAGGACUUCGACCGCGACUCCGUCACGCUCGAGGACGUCGAGGCGUCCAUGGUGCGCUGCCCGCACGCGGAGACGGCGGAGAAGAUGAUCGAGCGCAUCGACCAGAUCCGGAGGGGGGGCAACUCCAUCGGCGGCGUCGUCGAGUGCGUGGCCUACAACGUACCUGCUGGGUUAGGCGCGCCGGUCUUCGACAAGCUCGAGGCGGAGCUCGCCAAGGCCUGCAUGUCGCUGCCCGCCUCGAAAGGUUUUGAAAUUGGUUCGGGCUUCGGCGGCACUUUACUAGCUGGCAAAGACCACAACGACGAGUUCUACGUCGACGCCAACGGCCGGACGCGGACGCGGUCGAACCGCAGCGGCGGCGUCCAGGGCGGCAUUUCCAAUGGCGAGACGAUCUGGGUCCGCGUCGCGUUCAAGCCGACGUCGACGAUCGGCCAGCUCCAGAACACGGUGACGCGCGACGGCCAGGAGACCGAAUUAAGGGGCAAGGGCCGCCACGACCCGUGCGUGCUGCCGCGCGCGGCGCCGAUGGUCGAGUCCAUGGUCGCACUGGUCUUGGCCGACGCGCUCAUGCAGCAGAAGGCGCAGUGCGACCUCCUGGAGUUCCAGGAGCCGUCGGGCUUCAACGCGCUGGGGGCGACCCCGCCGAAGGAGGUCGGCGUCGUGGCGGCGCCUUAGGUGCUUGUGGGGUAAGUUGCUCUCUUUAUG